CUGUUUUAAUUUCAGAACUCCUGCGCGGCGGAAUACAGUUUCGCGUGGCAGCUGCUUUAAGAAAGGAAGGGCCUAGGGUUCUAGUUCUACCAAAAAUAAAAGAGGAAGAGCUUUGCCAAUUGCCACUGCUGCUUUCGUCUCUAACUCUGUGACGCAGCGAGGAGAAGAAAAGAAUGGAGGAUCAAGGAAAAAGGAAGAAAGAAAGGCGUGGAGGAAGUGCGAGCAAGGAGCUUUUGCGGCUGGAAAAGGAGGAUUCAGCCACGGCCGGGUCGGCUUUCGAGUCUUCACUUCUCUUCUGCGGGAAGGAUUCGAGCAUUUCUCUACCUAAAACAACUCCUUCCGAUGGGAAGCUCAUGACUGCUCCAGUCCCUCAAAGCCAAGUGCUAGGAAGAGUUAAAGAUCUACUCGAACUCAUAGCAAAACAACCAGAUCCCAAGGAUAGUUCUGAGAACUGUGAUAUUGAAGCACUCACAGGAAAUGAAUCCGAAGUUAUUGAAAUGGAUUUGAUGCUAGGUGUAGCAGAGCUUCACAAUGAGAAAGCUGUGGCUGCUGCUGAAUCUGCCUUGGCUGGAGCCCUACCAUUGAUAACAUUAGAUGGUAGCAGCAGCAGUGAGUCAGACUCAGAAGAUUCAAGUGAUGAUAGUGAUGAUGGAAGUGAUAGGGAAGGGGCUGAUGAUCUGGGUAGUGUGGGAAAUGAUAAUAUCAGCAAAGAUACUUCACCAAAUGACGCAUCCAAGCUCGGAAGAGGUGGUUCAACUGGAAUUGUCAACAAAAGGAGGCCAAAGAAGCAGCCUAAAAUUAUUGAGAUGCUUUGAAGCUCAUUCUUAUAGUUCAAUGCUGGUAGUGGCUUGGGAGAAUGGAUACUGUGGAAGAUGGAAGGAGAAAGCAUGUUGCAAUAUGUCGCAAUUCGCAUGAUGCCUGGUGCAGUUUUAACUAGUUAUGAUCAUUAAAUUUUGGUAAUAGUAGUUACCAAUAUUCAUGUGUAGUCUGUCAUCCCUGUCUUGGCCUCUUUCAAGUUCCAUGCUGUAAAGUUUAUUCCAACUCAAUAUGGAGCCUAAUGCUAAACACGUAAAAAUUUCAAGGUUGAGGGAACCGUUACAGAGGUUAUACCGGAGAAGUCAACAGUAAGGUAUUUUGUAGGCAAAAUACACUUGCAUAGUCAUAACUAUCUACUUUGUGACAAUAAUA